CGCAGCCAAAACGAGCCAAAACACGCGGGCCGCGGGCUCUUCAUGCACCCUGAAAAGCGCGUAGAGGGAGAGUUAGGUUUUGCACAUUUUGUCUUUGUGUCCAGCGAUCGCGUAUGCUCGUGCUCACGCUUGUGAACCCAAGUUGCGGACCGUCGUAGAGGACCAAGUUACAUGCAGAUUUAAUUGUUUGGAACAACUGCUUCUUUUGCUCUGGUGCGAUGUCGGACUCGGACCUCGGCGACCAAGUCGCGUGCGCGAGUUCUUCGACGAAACACACCCGACAACCUCGGCUCGUGUAUCCGUCCGAUCACUCGGAUGACUCUCCGGACGACAUCGACGAAACGUCGAGCGUGGGGAGUGCAUCAACGGCAGACAACACGUCACGCAGCAACACGCCCACAAACCAAGGUCGCCGGGGCCGCCGUCGCAAAAGCAAGUCAAAGCGCUGCAAGCUGGCCUACAAGUGUUCCACAUUUGUCAAGGAGGACCAUGGCCAGCCCCUUUUUGGAGUCCAGUUUAACCCACACCUUAAGGGUGGCCUGUACAUCUUUGCCGCUGUUGGCAGCAACAGGGUGACUUUGUACGAGUGCCUGGAGAAUGGAAGCAUCAAGCUGCUGCAGUCAUACUGCGAUCCUGAUUCUGAGGAGAACUUUUACACCUGUGCCUGGUCAUACGACGACGUCACAGGGCAUCCACUGCUUGCUGUUGCGGGUUCGCGAGGUGUUGUCCGCAUCAUCAGCCCAGCUGCCAUGAAGUGCAUCAAGCACUACAUUGGCCACGGGAAUGCCAUCAACGAGCUCAAAUUUCAUCCCCACGAUGUCAACCUUCUGUUGUCUGUCAGUAAAGACCACACUUUGCGACUGUGGAAUGUCAAGACAGACCAGUGCAUUGCUGUGUUCGGCGGAGUCGAGGGACACCGGGACGAAGUUCUCAGCGCGGACUUUGACCUGUUGGGCCAGAAAAUCAUGUCCUGUGGCAUGGACCAUUCCCUGAAGCUCUGGAAGCUGGACACGGAACAGUUCCACAAGGCCAUCCGGGAAUCUCACGUCUACUGCCCCUCCAAGUCACAGAGGCCAUUUCCUACAGUGCGGCAACACUAUCCCGACUUCACCACUCGCGACAUUCAUCGAAACUACGUCGACUGUGUCCGCUGGCUGGGGAACUUUGUCCUGUCCAAGUCAUGCGAGAACUGCAUUGUGUGCUGGAAGCCCGGCCUGUUGGAGCAGCUGGACGUUCGGCACACGGACACCAAUGUGACGGUGCUGCACCGAUUCGAGUACCGCGAGUGCAACAUCUGGUUCAUGCGCUUCUCCAUGGACUUUGAGCAGAAGAUUCUUGCACUGGGGAACCAGGUAGGCAAGACUUACGUCUGGGACAUUGACGUGGACGACCCCACAACUUGCAGGAGCACAGUGCUGACUCAUCCCAAGUGCACAAGUCCCGUGCGGCAGACGAACCUCAACCGGGAUGGCAGCAUCCUGCUGUGCAUUUGCGACGACGCCACCAUCUGGCGUUGGGACCGUGUCACCCGCUAACCCUAUUUAUACAGCCACCAGAGCCUGGUGCAGUUAGACCGAGCGUGAAUGUCAUGGAAAUGUGCUGGCUGGCCAAUUCAUUUCACGUGUGACAUGCAGCUUGCCCAGUCUGUUGAGUGUUAGUGUAAAUGUGAGGCACCAGGUGUACAUGGUUCUUCCAAAUGAACCGCUGACUUGUUUAGGCUCAAUUUUCAUGCAAAGCUGCCAUAUUCCAGGGAAUGCAUAUUUAGGUGCAUUACUGACACAUUUCAUUCAGAAUAAAUCCCAAGCAUGUGUUAUCUGUGGCAAGGCCAGAAAAGAAAACAGCAGAGUUCAGUGAUCUCUGGACUCGUCUAUACCAUCAGCAGCAUUCGCCAUUAGUGAAGACUGCCAUCUUUGUUUUUAUUACUUCAGAAAUAAACAUGUUGCGCAGAACACCACAAAGAAUAAGACUGACAACAAUGGAGCAGUCGUUCUGAAGAUCACUAACUGACCCAACGCCAUAUCGUUUUAGAAUUAAUUUUUUUUUUUUUACUUGCUGGCUUUUCCCUCAAAUUAUUGCUCUCAUUUACUAUGGAAGAAUGGUCAAGAAGCCAGCAGUUAUGGGGUUGUUGGUUGGGGAAAGGGGGAGCCGCAGUAGAGGAAUGUAAUAAUUUAAAUUUUAAAGUAAGGAAAACCAAAGGACUUGAAAAAGAAAAUUCAAAUAAUGUUUAAAUGAUGAUUAUAAAUUAUGUGAUAUUGGAGAAAUAAAAGUGCUGUUUCCAUAAAUAAUAUGUGACUUCAUCUUUUUUUAAUAUAUGCCACUUCAUUUGUGUACGGUAUAGUAAUGCAUGGAAUUUUAAUUGCAUGCACAGAAUUUAGGCACUCUCAAACUGUCCAUAUUUAAAUAGAAUAGUUUUUUUUAGCUCAAAUGUAUCACUUUAUGGAACCUUAUGUUUCCAGCUGUUUAGCAAAGCUUAUUUUUUCGCUUUCCGUUUUCAUCUGGCCUCACCAUAGAUGACAGAUACUUUCAAACUCAUUCUGCACAAAACGGGCGAGUGGAGCCCCCAGAAAUGGUAUUAAAGUGCGUACGCAAUGACACUGUAGCUCCUGCGCGAAAUACCGUAUUUACUUCCGGAAUGAAUGCACCUCCCACUUUUCCAAUCAAAAAGGGUGUUUUUUCUUUCCUCGCAUAAUGAUUGCACCCCAAUCUUGCUGCCGUGAAGCAGGAGACACACGGUACAAUUUGGCAUCCGAUGCGCCGGAACCAAGGUGUUCUGUCAUGCCAUAGCACCAGAUUAGCCUCCUGCACACACCAGGCGUCCAAUCUGGCGCUACAACACGGCAAAACACCUCUGAUUCAGCUGCCAUUCUGGUGCGUUGGACCCUGUAUUGUAGUGUCUCCAACUUUUUAGAGGUGGCCGCGGAAAAAAAAGGCUCGCUCAAAAUGUUACCACGCGUAAUAAACGCACUCCCAACUUUGCACAAAUUUUCUGUAAAAAAAGAUGCAGUCAUUGUGCAUGUAAAUACGGUAGCAUGAGCCUGAAUGAACUAGCCACUUAGAAAAUUUGUGCAUACCUAACGCUCUUAUUUAUGCAACAAUUUCGGUACAUAUUUACAUCUUGCUUCAUCUCAUCGCUUGUUUAUACAGGGUGCCCCAGCUAUCAUGCAUUGCAUUUUUAAAGAAGACGGUCCAUUCUACGCAAAGAUUAGCAAGUGCAUGUUGUUCACAGUCGAGUACAGCAGCCGCCAGUAAUUUUUUUUUGUUGAUGCCAUUCAAUUGCAGUUAGCUAUUUUAAUUAUUGCUCUCAAUGGCAUGCUGCCAAUGAAGAAUUUGUAGAAAAUUUAAAGAAACCUAAAAAUGGCAUGUUUUCAGCCAGGUACUUUUUGCCCAUUUGUUUUUUUCUGGCUGAUAAAGCCUGCAAAAAAUAAGGAAUACCACGUGGCUAACCGUCUGACCGCAUCAAGAUGCAACGCCCUCAAAUACGCUCCACAGGAGUUAGUGAGCGCACUCAUUACACGACGCAUCAACCACCAGUUAUCGGCACUCUCCUUAUCAACGCCAAGGCGCCGUGUGUCGCGGGCGGGGCGUGCCAGCUCUGCCACUAAUUUCUAUGGAGCUUGUUUGAGGGUGAUGCUUUUAGAUGCGGGUGGACGGUUAGUCAUGUGAUACUUUUCAUUUUUCGUUGGCUUUUGUUUCAGCCAUACAAAAUAAAUGGGCGAAAAGUACCUAGCUGAAACCAUGUCAGUUUCAAGUUUCUACAAAUUCUUCAUUGACAUCACACCAUUCAGAGCAGUAAUUAAAAAAAUAGCUAAUUGCAAUUAAUUAAUAAACUGAAUGGCAUCAACAAGCAAAUUACUGGUGGCUGCUCUACUUGACCGUUAACAAUGUGCACUUGGUUAUCUUUGCAAAGAAUGGCCAUUCUUUUUUAAAAAUGCAAUGCAUGAUAGCGGGACACCCUGUAGUCUGUACAGGCUAUGUAUUAUGCGUGAACAUUGAAUAAAAAUUUGCAGAUGUUU